GGAAGCAUCCAUAGGAUGGACCAGGGAGAACUGGAAAGAGGGCGAGGGCAAAAGGGAAGUGUGUCCUUGAUAGAAUGGCUUCUGGGAAAGCGAGUCUGCAUGCGCGGAGGCAGCUGGGGAAUGAAGUCUUAGUCCCUGCGACUUUCUGGCGCGGUUCACGCGGCUCUUCCUGCGCAAGCGCACAAAGAGACUGGGGGCAGAGAGUACCUGUUCUGAGGGGAUGCAAGACUGGCGUUUACCCCUUGGGGGCGGAGUGAAGCUGGGAACAUUUUCGGUGUGUGUCUCCCAUCGACUAGGAGAUCUUCCUCCUCCUGGCCGAAUUCUUUAGUGUAAAUCCCCAAACUGAAAUUUAAUUUUAGGCUGCCCCAGUCUUGAAGCCCCAAACGGGCUCCAACGCACCCUUUUGCUCCAGGACAAACCAGCCUAGGGCUGUCCUUUCUUCUCCGUCCCUAAAUAUCGUUGCUAAGCAUUGGACAGAUUCCCUCCCGAUCUGAUUCUGGGGCUGCCCCUCUGGCCUGACCCUCAACCUUCGCAGUGAUUUUUCCCCAUUUCCUUCUCCCUCACCUCCUGAGGAAGACUUGAAUUUGGAGCUUAAACGGACUUUACGGAGUUUAAAGGGACUAGUUAGUCCCUAAUCCGAAAGGGCUGUUCCCUCUGACCCUGACUGACCUGAAGUUGACUCCUCCCACCUCGGGGCUGCACCUUCCUCCUCCCCCACGCCUUUGGGCCUGUUCUCUUGACCCUAAGACCAACCUUGGGGCUAAUCCCCCUGACCCAGACAUUUCCUGGAGAUGACUCCUCUUACUAGAGAACUGGUCUGCUUGGAAUGUCUAGUCUGUGGGGAUCCUCCCUAUUUAAACUGGAUGGAUUUCCUAGUGACAUCUUGUCUUCCUCCAAACCAAGAGGGAAGACCUGGAGAGAAAAACUUGCCGAGGGUUCCAGAAGUCUAUGUCUAUCCUGAAUCAGGCUUCCUGGCUAGAGGCUUUGCCCUGUAAUUCCUAAGGAAGGUCCUUAUUUCCUUGUGUUUGAUCCCUUCCCUUCUUUCCCUUCUCCCCCUCCAUUCUUCUCCUUCCGGCUCUCCUCCCUAGAGAGCCUCUCCCAUCCUUGUCUAGCUGGCUAAGCCUCAUUCAUUUGUCUCCUCCACCUAGAGGAGUUACCUGGGUGGGCUCCAGGGUCAGGGACUGACAGAGAAUGGCAUUCUGGGAGGGGCUGGGGAUGCCACAGAAGUGAGCCAGCGCUGCGGGUCAGCAGAGACCUAGGACUUGAAGGCAGGAAACCCCUUUGGAGCUGAGCCCACUUUACCAGGCACUGGCAUAGGGAGACGCUCCUGAUCCCUAAAGGACAGCUGGGAGUCAGGGUUGGCAAAACCGAAGAGGAAAAGGAUCUCUCUUGGAGCUGGUAUUCUGAACCCCCUCUGAGCCCCCCAACUCUUCCUAAGAUUCCUGCACCCACUGGGCUUCCUCAGCUCCACCCUGGGCCAACCCCUCCCAGGACCUCCCCCGCCCUCCCCCAGAGGAAAAAGGAGGAGGCCCGAGGAGUUCAGCUCAGCAGACAGCUAUCCUGGUCCCAGAGUGUCACACGGGACAGGACCAACACCAAACACUUGCCUGUUUCAACAGAAGGGGCAGAUCAAACUCCUCCCUUCCUCCCUCCCUCCUUCCCUGCCAAUUCCCAGCAGCUCCAUGGACCCCCUUGAAUCUGUGGUGAAGAACCCAUACACCAGCAUUAACAUCCCCCGAGCCCACCUUCGCCCAGAUCUAGAGCAGCAGCUGGAACAAAGCCAGGACACUGCAUAUCCUGGGGCCAGGCCUAGCCCUGCACCCGCUUACUCCCUGCCAGGGGGUGGGUGGACCCAGGAAGAAGCCAAAGGAGGGUCUCAAACUCAGACCCAAGCGCCUUGGCAACAGCCAGGGAAUCCUUACUCCGGCCCACAGCAGACAGCAGGGACCACAGAGCCAGCUUACACGACAGUCCCACCCAUACGGCGAGGGGACGACAUCGCCCACCACUGCUGCUGCUGCCCCUGUUGCCAGUGUUGCCGCUGCCCCCGCUGCUGCCGUUGCCACCGGUGUUGCUGUGUAGUCUCCUAGCUCUGAACACCUACUCCAGAGGAACACCGAAGGAGCCCUCGGCCGUGAUGCAGCUGGUUUGCUGUCAUUUGAGCAUAAGGAGGCACAUAUCCCUCUGGGUGGCUCCCUCUUGGAUGGCAUCGAGUCACCUCUGGCCAAAGGAACUGGAGCUCAGGACAGAGGCCAAAAUCAUUAGGACUGAAUGCAUUUGAAAUCUUCCUAUCUUCCUUCCCAAGUCAUCAAUCAUGACAGAAUAGAGGCCUGGGCAGAAUCAGGAGCCCAGGAAUCGCAGAAUUUCUGAACUCAAAUGAACCAAAAAGAUCAUAGAGUCCAACUUGUACCUGAACAGGAUCCUGUGAUAUCCUUGAUAAAUGGAUAUAUAAUCACUACUCAAAAAUUGCCAGUGGGCAGAAGCUCACUACCUGCUACAGGAGCCCAUUCUGCCUUUAACUGAGACUGCUUUUUCAAAAGUUUUCCCUUAUAUUGAAUGGACAUAUAUCUUGCUAUAAAUUCCAUGCAUUGAUUUUAAUUCUAUCCUUUGGACCAAGUAAAAAAACCAAGUAAAUCCCUCUUCCUCAUCACAACUCUUCAGAUAUUUGAAAGCAUCUGUCAUGUCUUCUCCGUGGUAAACAUAUCUCAUUACUUGGGCUGUUCAUAGUGUAUCAUGGUUUCUAGGCCAGGCUGCCUCCUCCAACUUGUUAAUACCCUGUCUAAAAUGUGAUACCUACACAUUAGUACAUUGUUAUAAUAUUUUGAUAUGAGUCCAAGAGUGGGAGAUUUAUUGUGAGGAGUUUGUUGGAGAGGGAUGUUAGGGAAUUAGAAAACAAGAUUAGGAGAGGAAAGAUUUCUACCUAAAAUGGAGGAAAAUAUUCAAAUCUCUCUUCAGAAUUAUGGCAGCCUAACCCUGUGCGUAUUGAAAGCCUCACAGGUCUAGAGCAAGCCAUCAGCUCUGAUGAUACCCAUUACCACCCACUAUUUACCCAUUAGAAUCCUGAACCAGUGAUGAGGUUCAAUGGGAAUGAUUCCUGUCCUCACAUGGCUCAACUUGAGUCCAAUCAACUCAUACCCCACCUCCCUUGGGAUUAAGGCAGUUACAUCAAUGACCAACCAAUGUACUUCUCACUUCAGCAGUUACCCCUGUUGUUCCCUUGACAAUAAACCUAAAUAAUUUGUUCA